AUUUCAGUAAGGUGUGAUUAUUUAAGGAAUUGAAAGGUGACAAUUACAUUGCAACAUCAAAUGGGAAUGAAGGAAAUUAAAUAUUUGUUCUACUCAAACAUCCAUCACUGAUACGCCUGUGCGAAGAUGAGUACUAACAAAAUGGCACUAAUCAAGGCCAUUAGAGAUCGUUCUCUGAUUUAUCAACAUAAUUUAAACGAUGAACAAGUGGGUGUAGUGUGUGGGUUAAUUGAGGCUAUUGGUAAUGAAGACAAGAAGAAGAUUUUAGAAAUAUUAGAACCAUGGUCGGACGAAUUGAAAGAUGAAUAUCUGUCGAUAAGUUGCAAAUAUUUAUUGGACCAAAAUAUUCCAAUUUCUUAUAACAUCAGUGAGUUUGUUGGCAUUUCUUUGCUUACAUUGCGGUUUUAUUCUCCUGAUGUUGGGAAGCAACUGCAAACAUGUGACAAUGAAACAAACAUAUUGGAAUACAUGAUGAAACAUAUGGACGCAAUUUUGAUCUGGAAAGGUCCAACGGAUAAAAUAUUAUUAUAUCAUAUCAAACAAGUAGUAUUAAUGGCUAAUGAAGUAAAAUACUUGUUUCGUUCUGAAACUGAAAAGCUGCCAUGGAUCAAACUAAUAUUUUAUUGCGUACAAUAUAUUAAAUGUUGUAACAGAACUAAUGAUCCCUGCAUAUUAUCAAUAUUUAUGUCUAAUGAUAAAUUGAUUAAAUAUAUUAAGUUGUGGAAAAUCGGCUUAGAGAAUAUGAAUUCUACAAAAAUCAUGCAAGAUCAGAAAAUACAAUAUAUGUUGAAGAAUUUUGAACACACUUAUGAUGACAUAAGAGAUUACUACAGUGUGAAAAGAAUGAGAAAGUACUGCUCAGUGCGACAAAGUUUUUUGAGUAAUUUAAGAAUGUUGCAAGUAUUUGGUGAAUGUUUAAAAAAUAAAAGCCAAACUCCAAAUGUUUCAUUACGCUUAAAAGAACGUUUGAAGUCACAAUUGGGAACAGUUUACGACAACUUGACUAAGCUCAGAGACACUAUAUCUCACUUAACAGGAAUACCAGAAUGUACUCAGGAUGUCAUAAAUGAGGUUUCCGAAUUGAUGGAUAAAUUUCUACUUCCAUUAAUUAACCAAGUAGUGUUACAUUGGAAAAAAUUAUAUUUUGUUUCUAAUUCUGUUUCUGAACACCUAAUUAAGACAAUAAACCAAGAAAUUAAAGAUGCUCCAAAAUUGCCAUAUAAUGACUGCUUAAAACAAUUAGAAGAUGCUCUCAAUAAUAAUAAAGAGCAAAAGGAAAUUGAAAUGCUACUUAUGAUCAUAUUGAAUAAUUUAAAAAAACAACGCAGAUUGAAUGCAAAUUGGAAAUGGUUCAUGGAAAUAUAUCCGACAUUAACUGGCCUACAACUCAGAAACCAUCUUGCACAUGGAGAUCCAAUUGUGGAAUUAAUGGAUGUGAAUGAAGAGAUGGCAGUCAGACACACAGCAAAAAUGCUGAUUAAGGAAUUGUACGAUGAGAGCAAAGAAAAGAUCGAGAAGGUUACAAAAAGACCCGCAAUUGAAAUGAUGCAGGAUAUCGAUAAUCAACAAAUAACACGUUUUGAAGAACAAGAGAAAUUGUUUCAAAUUAUUAUUGAAGGUGAUUUAGAAAAAUUUAAAGACUACUUACAAAAUAUUAGUUCCGAAUGGAUUAACUGGCAGAGUUUGAAUCAGAAGAAUGCAUUGCAAUAUGCUGCAGUAAACAAAAACGAUAAUUUAGAGCUAUUUCAAUUUGUUCUAGAAAAAAGUCCAAGCUAUAUGGAACAAAUAAAAACAGAUAGUAGCUUACUAUUUCAAGCUUCAAACAAUUUCAAAAUAGCAAAGCGCAUUGCCGAGUUGCAUAUUUGUGCAUUGCUCGAGAACGACAGAACAUACUUGCAACCAAAUGAUAAUAAUGAUAUAUUGGAAUUAUGCAAGAAAUUAAUCAAAACUGAGAAAAUUAACAGCUUUUGGAAUGUUUGUUAUUAUCAAAUAAGUUGUGAUGAUGUAGACAAUCUAAAACUUAUGUUAGAUGAAAUUUAUUACUGGAAAUUUCUCAUAAGUUAUGAAAGGAAGAAUUCUUCAUGGUUUCAAAUAGCUUACAAUUAUAAUGCUACAGAAGUGAUGAAGUAUCUUAUCAACAUUGGGUAUACAAUAAAUAAUUCUACUAUCACCAAUGAAGAAAUAGUUAAAUAUUGUGAUAUUGAAAAACAGAAAGAAUUGAGGAAGAUUAUUAAAAGUGGACAAGUAUUCAAAGAAAAAGAAUGUAUAAAAAAAUCAACAGAUAUGUUAGAGCAAAGUCAUAAUGAUGACUUUAAUGUCAUGAAUUGCUUGCAUUUUGCUAUCAAAAGUGGGAAUCCAGAAAUGGUUAAGCAAGUGUAUCAAUCCCUCCCAAUUUUGUUAUUUUCAGUGGAUAAUGAAGGCAAUUCACCUUUAGGUGUCGCCAUCAAGCAGAAUUGUGUUCAGGAAUUUAAUAUUUUAAUGGAACUGGUAGUCAAUAAUACAUUAAAACUCCCACAAUUGUUUAAGACGUGGGCCAUUGGAAUUAUUGAUUUGCAGAAAUCAAAUAUUGUUCAGAACAACAAUGUCGUAAUUGAAAAUGUAUUAACAAGCACAAUAAAUGCAAUGGAUAUGAAUCCCAAAGAAAAGACGGUUCAAUACUGGGCAAUUAAAUUGGCUAAAAGCAUGUUAGGAUACUACAAUUCAAAUGAGCACUUAAUUAACAGAUGGAAACAAAUAGCAAUUAAUACACUAUUCCAUUUUCCUGAUGAAUCGCUCAUUGUCAAAGAGUGCAUUGAUAUUGUUGUAGAGAUAUUCGACCAUAAGUUGAGUGCACAACCGGAAUAUAAUAUCGCAAAACAAUUAGAUUCUAUCUUAGAUCGAUGCGCCAGAUAUUCUCAUCCAUCGGUUAUUCUAGAGAAACUCUAUAUUGCAUUACAAAAUAAAAUUGAGUAUGGACACUGGAGUAAGAUAAUAGCACAUCAUGCUAAAUAUGUAAUUGAGACAUUUAGGGAUAAUCCUCAUAUUCAACUAUAUGCAUUGAAGUUAAUUCACGGCCUAACUGAAAAAAAGGAAAGAGUGGAUGUGAGUGUUGAAACAUAUCGUGUUGCAAUGCAGAGGGUAAUACCAAAAUACUACAAUGAUAUUGACGCCAUGAAGUAUUGCGUUGAAUUAUUUGUUGAUUCUAUUCUUGCGAAUAACAAAUAUGUAUCCGCAGAUUCUAUAAUAUCAAUUAUAGACAACGAAUUACAAACAUUGGGUAUUGAUGACAAUUCGAAAAAAAAGUUCAAGCAAAUGAUAGAAAAAGAAAGAUACUAUUUAUUACAUUUAAUACAUAAAACUAAUUUCAAUACAGUUGACGCACAUCUUAAAUGUAUUGAUUAUAACUGGACUCAAUGUCGAGAUAAACAUAAAGCACUAGAACGUGCAGCACAAAAUAUAAAUGAUGAUGUGGAAUUGUUUAAAUUAAUACUAAGUGAAUAUCUGCAUUACCUUACGGAAAUAUCAAUAAACAAAUAUAUUAAUAUUCUAUUACUUGCUGAAGGGAAUGGAAACACACAAAUUGUAAUACAUAUUCUGCAUACAAUGAUCAGCAAAAGUAUUGCAGAAAUGAAUCACGAUCUUAAUGACUACCACUUUAAAUCAGUAUUAUUAUAUGAAUGGUAUUAUGCCGUAUUUUGUGAUGAUGUAGAUUUUUGUCGCACAUUUGUAGAAUUAAACUAUACUGAGACACUUGAGGAUGCUGAAUGGAAAUUAGAUUAUCGGAUAAAGUUUGGUAAUAUAGCAUGCAUUCAUGGAGCAACAAGAGUGGUAGAAUAUCUUAUCAGCAUUGGAUAUGAUUUUAACCAUUACCUUUAUAAUUCCAUAACUCCAUUAGAUUUUUCAAUUAAGUAUGGACAUAAUGAAAUAACACAAAUGCUAAUUCAGAAUGGAGCAACUGUUGAGGAUCUGCAAGAACUUGAUGACAAAAAUCAAGCACUGCUUAAAUCGUAUAAUACUGAGAAACAUGAAGAAUUAUGGAGGAUUAUAGAAAGUGGAGAAGUUGACAAAUUUAAUGAAUAUAUAGAAAAUACGCCAGAAUUGUUUGGGCCAUGUCGCUUUACAGAUGGCAUGAAUUGCUUACAUUUUGCUGUCUUAAGUGAAAAUCCCGAAAUGGUUAAGCAAGUGUAUCAACGUCUCCCUCAUUUAUUAAUGACCACUAAUAAAAAAUUCGAGACACCAUUGGAUAUUAUUGUAUCGGGAAAUCUCAUUUCCGUACUUGAUAUGAUAAUAGAUUUGGUUCUAAAUGAUCGCAAGCCAGAAAUAUUUGAAUAUUUUGUUUCUACAUUAUAUAAAUCAUCUUAUACUGAAACUAUAAUAUAUGCGAUAACAUGCGGAAAAUAUAACAAGUUAUUAAAACUGAUUGAGAAAUACCCUCAGAGGAUGAUAGUGAAUUAUUGGGCAAUUAUGUUAAUUAAUGACAUGUCAAUAAUCAGUUUAACUGAAGAUCAAUUAACGACCUGCGUUACAUUAGCCGAAAACGCAUUCACUGCCUUUAUGAAUGAGCCAAGAAUAUGCCAAGAAUGGAUUUUAUUUGCAAUGCGCAUUUUUCUGCUUAAAUCUGAAAUACACGUCGACCGAUAUAAGCGCAAUACUAUUUACAAAUAUGUUUUGAAUUAUAUUGCAAAAUAUCCUAAUAUUUUGAAUUUUAUUAAUAAUGAACUUGAAACAUAUGAAACACUUUUGAAGAAAACAGAAAGCUGGAAAUGUGAAAUUCUGCAAGAGUUGGCCAAAUAUGCAAUUGAUACAUAUCCGGAAGAUAGUGAUGUUCUUGAAUUUGCGUUCAUCUUACUACAUGAGUGUCGUAGAAAUGAAAUGGAAUUAAGCAUAACUUUUGAUCUGCAAUCAUUUAUCAAAACAGUAUUAGAAACAAACAUCCCAUUUAGGAGCCGAGAAACUAAAAUCAAACGCUGUGGUGCAUUAGUUUGGCAUUACUAUACCAAGAGACAAACUACUUCUGAGAAUAUGGAAGAAACGAUAGAAUCUGAAGUAGGUAACUGGGAUAUUCAUGAAGGUAACAUGACGAACCUACUUGCUGCUAUUGCAGAGCAUAUGCCAAAUGUUAAAUGCCUACAUUAUUUCCACAAAUGCACUGCAAGAGGCAUAUGCAAGAGAGAUGCCUCAAUCCAACAGAGCUAGUUCUCUUCAUUUUACCAGUUUUGUUGUUCAUAAAUCGUGAUUGCCUUUUGAAUGUUUUCAUUAAGCACACAAGUUGACAUACGCUACUAUGCUUGCAGAAUUUUAAUGAUAAUGGUUUUCAUGUGAUCAAUUUCGAGUGCAAACAGUUUUAACCACUUUUACGAUAGUAUAUUUAAUUAUUGACUUGUGCGGCGUAUCGUUUAGACAAUUUAUACAUGGAACCAAUUAUAUACUAUAUUGUCUCUUUGUUCUAUUAAUCUUAAAACUCAAUUUGAUUUGGUUGCUUUGGUUAUUUUUAUAAUUUUUUAAAUCUUUAUAAAAUUAAUUUGAGUUCAUAUAAUUUUCUAUAAUAUUGUUUUAACAACCUUCAGUAUGUCAAUUACAAAUAUCUAUCUUAAUCACCAAGAUAAGAAGUUUCUUCAGGGGUAUUUUCAGUAACAACGUGUUCAGAAUGUUCGGUGUUUUUAUCAGUUGCUUUUAAAUCUGUAAACGUUGAUGGUGGCUCACCUUCAUCAUCACUACCUAUUUAAAAAGUAAAGUUAUGAAAUGUAAUAAUAAAUAAUAUAGAUACUA